AUGGAGUUCUCACAGUCAAUAGCUGAUAUUUUCACUUCCUUAAGAGACAAAGGCGAUUAUGUAGUACUUGAUGGAGCUCACCUCCACAAGUACACUACGAAUGAGUUAGAUGAUUUCAUCGAUCUGCUCGGUGAAGAAAGUAUGAGAAUAAGAAAGCUAGCAAAAUGAAUUACUUCUUCUGUUCAACUACACAAGGACCAUGUGCUAUUUAUUAAAACUGAUGAGAAUAAAGUCACUUCAUUUGCUAAAGUCCAAAAGCAUAAAUAAAAUAUUCUCGUCUGAUGAUUUUGGUGGAAUGAAAGUGACCAAGGCAACUGCAGUUAUAGACUUAUAUGUCCAUCCUGUUUAUGAACCCCAAGGAGAGAAAAAGAAGCUCAUUGAUCAUAUUGUUGAAUGUGAGAAAAUUAACGGGGAACAGACUGUAGAUCUGUUAGGAACUAGCCCGAAAUUCCUAAGUUCAGCACCAAUGAGCCCUUCUGACUCAUUUUCCUUAUCAAGGGCUCCUGGCUAUAAUAGUGAAUUAGGAAGAAGUUCUUCUCAAACGAAUCUGAGUGCUUUAAAGGACCAAGAAAAACAUAAUGAUAUGAGAAGGUCAAAAGUGUUCAAUACUAUUGCUCAAGAUGUGAUUAAAGUCACUCCAGAGUCAUCAAAUUACCAAAGAGAUAACCAUCUUGACACACAGAGAAGGAUCAAGAUUUCAGAAAGUGAAAGGAAAUUAAAUUCGAAUGAAGGCUAUGCCUCUCCAAGACACAACAACAAAUCUCCUUAUAGAAAGGAUUAUGAUCAGAAUUAUUAUGAUUACCAAAAGAAGAAGGAAACUUUGAGAGAAGUGUCUCCUCCUGAACACAGAUCUAAAUACUACAACGAUGUUUUUGCGUCAACAGUCAACAUGGGACCCAUGAAGUCUUCUGAAUACUCAAGGAAGAGCAGCCCUAGGCUGCGUGAGCCAGAGAUUAGAGGCAAGAUCCAUUAUGAGCAUAAAAGUAAUAUCUCAAGUAAUUUUGCUGUUAAAGACAGUCAGAAAGAUUAUAAACCAAAUUAUGUUCCACAAAUUCCGCAGGAUUAUAAAAUUCAGCUUGAUGAGAAGGAUAUUGUAAAGCCUAAAAAUAGGUUUAAAAACUGGCAACCUGUAAUGAGGAACCUUGAUGCCUCAAAUGAUAUAAAAGGAGUCCAAAUCUCUCACUCCAAAUACCUAACUGAAAGAGAUGAUUAUGUCAAUCCUGCUAGAAGAGUUCAAAUAGGAGGCAAAAAGAUAUUUGUGAGCAAAGAGAGAGGUAUAGAAAGUCUUUCUAACUUCCAGUCUGGGAUCUAGGGA